UUCUUUAGCAGCCUCCCAAGAUGACUGAAGGAUGCAAAGCUGACAGGGAGGGAAGAUGCUUGGAUUCUAAAUCCUGCACAGCCGCCUUCUCAUGCUCCAGGGUAUUGCUUCCUCCCCAGGGCCCGUGUUAUGAGAAGGAAGCGAGGAUGGAAGAUGCUUCUGUGACGCUGCCAGCAGUGCUUACAGCAGUGGUGCCAUCACCUACUCUGCUGCUUCUUUGUUCCCAGCUGUUUCCUCUGCCAUAUUGCUGUGUUAUUGACCACAUCAGGGGCCGAGAGGGCUGCUAGGAUGAGCACCCUUCCACCCUGGAUUGUCACUGCCAGAAAAUUACCUGAAGAGACCCAGCCUGAGGCCUCCUCAUGGAUGAGUCAAACAUGACCGCAUUUGUUGUCGAGGAAUCCACGAACGCCUCGGCCAGCAGGAACACCUCCUCUGCGCACCUGCAUCAGAAUAUUCCAGUCGUGUAUUGGGUCAUUCUGAGCAUCUCCCUGCUGGGCUUUAUUGAAAACGGGAUUCUUCUCUGGUUCCUCUGCUUCCGGGUGAGAAGAAACCCCUUCACAGUCUACAUCACCCACUUGUCUAUUGCAGACAUCUCGUUGCUCUUUUGUAUUUUUAUUCUGACUGUGGAUGAUGCUUCAGAUUAUGAGCUCUCUUAUGCCUCUUACUACACAACUGUCACAUUAUGGGUGACGUUUCUGUUUGGCUACAAUACAGGCCUCUAUCUGCUGACAGCCAUCAGUGUGGAGAGGUGCCUGUCCGUGCUGUACCCCAUCUGGUACCGAUGUCACCGCCCCAAGCACCAGUCAGCAUUCGUGUGCGCCCUCCUGUGGGCGUUCUCUUGCUUAGUGACCACCAUGGAAUAUGUCAUGUGCAUUUACAGAGAAGAGCAGAGUCACUCUCGAAGGGACUGCAAGGCAGUGAUCAUCUUCAUAGCCAUUCUGAACUUCCUGGUCUUCACUCCACUCAUGGUGGUGUCCAGCACCAUCCUGGUGGUUAAGAUCCGAAAGAACACCUUGACGUCCCAUUCCUCAAAGCUGUACAUAGUCAUCACAAUCACCAUCAUCAUUUUCCUCAUUUUCGUCAUGCCCAUGAGACUCCUCUACCUGCUGUGCUAUGAUAAUUGGUCAACGUUUGGGAGCCUGCAAUACAUUUCCCCCCUCUUCUCCACAAUCAAUAGCAGCGCCAACCCUUUUAUUUACUUCUUUGUGGGCAGCAGUCGGAAGAAGCGGUUCAAGGAGUCCUUGAAGGUGGUUCUCACCAGGGCUUUCAAAGAUGAAAUGCAACCCAGGCGCCAGAAAGACAACGGUAAUCCCACCGCCAUCGAGACGGUCGUCUGAGGGUGGUGGAGGGAACAGUCGGCAGAAAUGGUGGGACACUGGUCAUUUGUAGCUUGUGCUUGAAAGACAACUUAAGUAUCUCCUAAGUAAUAUGGAAGGACACCCCAUCCUAUAUGCAUGAGACACUAAUUAGCCAUGAGACUGUACUCUUGUACUAUGUCUUUUGGAAAUGCCUAAAUAUGUGUCAUACCUCUGUCAUAUCUGUACCUAUCAAAAAAACACUUUCUCUUCCUCCUUAGCUCUUCCAGCAGCAUUUUCCCAUGAACUAAAAAAAAAAUUAUUCUAGUAGGAAAAGCUGCAGAUGUGUACAGAAAAAGGCAACAAAAAUAUUUGUUGGAACUUGAGGAGGUAGAGACAUGUAGCAGGAAGAACAUGGGUGUUGGAGUCAGGUUGACUUUGUCAUUUGCUGCCUGUGUGACCUCAGGCAAGUGGUUUAACUGCUUGGAGCCUCAUUUCCUCACUUAUAAAAUGUUUGACAGUGAUAGUUUAUACCUCCUGGGCUUGUGGUGAGGACGAAAUGGGAGGAUAAAGGUGUGCAAAGCACUUAGCACGUUGUAAUGUUCAAUAAAUGUCAGUCUCUCCUCACUCCUUUAAGUGGAAGAAGAAAUACAUAUUUCUGUUCUGUAAUGCACCCACACAGCCCUGUCAUACAAAUAUUGUUAUGCGUUUUUAAAAGUUGAACAUAAAUUUACGAAGGUCUUCUUUCUGCUUGCAGUAUGAAAGCUUUUCAUGGCACAGCAUGGUUAUUGAAAACGUCUGUGGAUGUUACCACAUCCAACCAGCCUUGUGUUAGAGCAUCAUUUCAGGUUGUGAAGACAAACAUUUGGUCACCAGUAGAGGGGUUUCUCAUGACUCCCCUUCCCUCUGUGGGGAUGCUUGAUGCAGUGGAAGUCUGUUUUGACAUGCUUAGCUUGACACAAAUUUUCAUGAAUGGAACUUAGU